AACUGCCAAGAGCUAGAACUCUCUCUUGCACUAACUUUUCACACCAGCAUCAGCAAUGAAGGUGACCGCUUCCAUCGCCACCGCCGUAGCGCUGCUCGCACCAGCGCAGGGCUUCGUUAUCUCGUCGUCGUUUGUCGGCGCCCAGCACCGAUGUGCUGCCAAGAGCGGAGCGUCGACCACUGCGCGACCGCAGCAGCCUGCGAUGCUCUUUGGCGGAGGUGGCGCGAAGCCCGCGGAGGGCGGGGGGGGAGAAAAGAAGGACGGGGGUUUCAACAUGGGUAACAUGAUGGAAGGGCUCAAGAAAGCCAACGAGAUCGGCCAAAAGACCAAGGACUUGCAGAAGGACCUUGAGCUGCUGAAGGUGGAAGGGAAGUCGCCUUGCGGGAUGGUGACCGUGACGGUAACGGGGCAGCAGAUGCCCUUGUCGUGCGACAUCAGCGAGGAGGCCAUGGCUGAGGGGGCCAAGGCCGUGGCAGAGAAGGUGGCGGCGGCCCAGCAAGCGGCGCACACGGAGUCCCUGCAGACCAUGUCCAAGAGGCUGGCGGAGCUCUACUCCGAGAUGGGUCUGCCGGUCGGCGCGGGUGGCGGCAUGCCGGGAGCGAAGUAAAAAGAACUGGAGAUACCCACCGAGGUGGCGGCAAUGAUGUAUUAGUACUGCCGUGGUGUUCGAUCAUCUACCACGAACGAAUGCGGGUACCUUGUGCCGGAAGAUUUUUGUUUGUUUGCAGAAAUUUUUCUUCGUGCGUGAAAAUGGGCAUGCACGGUGCUGUGUCAAGAGGGGUUGGUCGUGGGCGAUGGCACCAAGCCAAAGUCCUUGGUAACCGCUAUUGCGGCGAUUAGAAUUUGUGUUAGGGUCGGUAGACGGAGCGCGGCUGCUCUCUCUCUUUCUCUCUCUGGCGGACAUGCAUCGUGGAGGGGGAAACGACACUGCUGUGAAGAGGGUGAAGUGGUGAGAACGGUUUUCGAGGGUUGAUCGCAGAGGAACCCCCCGGUCUCGGUCGAUAACCAUCGCGUUGUUCCCGGUGCACUCGUGGGGUAGUUCACAAAGUACCGAUGGUCAUGAGAAUGGGGACUAUCUCUUCGUCACGGUGCUUUUCUUUCUCCCCCCUCAGAGGGGGGGGGUCGGAGGGUUGGAUGCGACAUGUAUUUUUGCGAGUUUUUGCCAGGAAGGAUUCUGUUUGGGUGGUGGUCCAUCCUGCUGAUGAUAUCGCGGCGGUUCGGCUAGCAUGAACGACAUUGGCAGAGAGCCGUUAUGGGACAGAGCGAUCGAGGUUGGAUUAUGUGCGAGUUGUUAAGGACAACAACGACCCGUCUUCCCCCGCUUCUCGAAACUCAUGAAUGGACGUAAAUUUUUAGUUCGCACGCUGUUCCUCCGUGGUCCAGGCACAGCCAUCACAUGAAUACCACAGGCACGUGGCCAUCGCAUGUGAUUUCUGAAAGGUUCACAUAGAGAAUUUUUUCAAGUU